AUGCGAACACACGCAGAAAUUAAUUUUCAAAACACAGCAUGUGCUGUUGAAUACAAUGACUUACUCGACGUCUACGCUGUUGGGACUUAUGAGCUCGUUGAUACACAGACCGACAAAGACGGGAAAAUUAGCCAUCAGCAGCGCAAAGGGCAGUGUUUAGUGUAUGACUGUACUCAGCGUACAUUUAAUUACUUGGAUAGCCGUCAAACACCAGGCACGCUAGAUAUAAAGUGGAUGAAACAGCUUCUAGGUCUUGUUGAUGCAGAAGGAGUGCUAUCUGUCGACAAAUUCUCUGAAAGUUCUCUUUCUAAUCUAUACACCAUCGAUUGCUCUCCGCACUCCUCCUCCUUAGCAUUAUCUCUCGAUUGGUCGAAUUUGCGCUGUGAUACUGAUCCACAGAUCGCUGUUUCCAUGUCAGAUGGUCGUGCAAUCAGCGUAAACACUUCCACACAGCAGCUGGUGCAUGAUUGGCAGGCACACGAUUACGAAACGUGGAUUGCCGCGUGGGAUCACUAUUCUCCAAACCAUAUCCUCUAUACAGGUGCCGAUGAUUGUGUCUUCAAGGCUUGGGAUCUUAGGGUUGGAUUAAACGCACCCGUAUCGUCUAAUAAGAAAUUCGAUGGCGGCGUAACUACCAUCUCUAACUCCCCACACAAUCAAAAUGAGCUCGCUGUGGGCUCUUACGAUGAGACGUUGCGCAUUUUCGACAAACGGAAUCUCAAGACACCCACCAGUAGUAUCAAGACGAGUGGAGGUAUUUGGCGUAUCAAAUAUCAUGAAACUGAUGACAGCAAACUAGUCAUGGCGAAUAUGUAUGGCGGAUUCGAUGUUGUGGAUCUCCACUCAAGUGCUAUCGUGCACACCAACACACAUCACAACCUCGCUUAUGGUGUCGAUUGGAAUAAAGAGGGACUGAUUAUGUCAGCCAGUUUUUAUGACAGGAAGGGUAUGCUUUGGAGUGUGUAG